AACAGCGAAGACUGCAAUGGAGAUGCUGAAUUUUUACAAGUUAAAGGGAAAACCUAUGAGGAUAAUGUUUUCAGAACGUGAUCCUAGCAAGAGGUUGAGCGGCAGAGGUAACGUGUUUGUCAAGAAUCUAGACGAAUCUAUCGACAACAAGCAACUUAGCGACAUGUUCUCUGCAUUUGGCAAAGUUCUCUCUUGCAAAGUGGUUCGUGAUGCUUCUGGAGUUUCGAAAGGAUAUGGGUUCGUCCAGUUUUACUCAGAGCUUUCAGUCAAUAUCGCAUGCAAUGUUCGCAAUGGCACGCUCAUCCGCAAUCAACAUAUUCACGUUUCUCCAUUCGUUAGCCGUCGUCAAUGGGAUGAAUCUCGGGUUUUCACUAAUGUUUAUGUCAAAAACUUGGCGGAGACUACGACAGAUGAUGAUUUGAAGAUGAUUUUUGAAGAGUUUGGAGAGAUUACUAGUGCGGUGGUGAUGAAAGACAAAGAAGGUAAGUCUAGAAUGUUCGGGUUUGUGAACUUCGAGAAGGCUGAGGCCGCGGUUACUGCAAUAGACAAGAUGAACGGGACAAUAGUUGAUGAAAAGGAGUUGCAUGUUGGGAGGGCUCAGAGGAAAAAGAAUAGAAUUCAAGAUUUGAAAGUCAUUUUUAAACUAGAAAAGAUAAAACGGGAUAUGAAAACACGUAAAGGGACGAAUCUUUAUGUGAAGAAUCUUGAUUAUUCUGUUGAUAACACAAAGCUUCAAGAAUUGUUCUCAGAGUUUGGAACUAUCAUUUCCUGCAAGGUCAUGGUCCAUCCCAAUCGUAUUAGCAAAGGUGUUGGGUUUGUUGAGUUUUCAACGAGCGAAGAAGCUUCUAAAGCUAUGCUUAAGAUGAAUGGGAAAGUGGUGGGAAAUAAACCAAUCUAUGUUUCUUUGGCCCAAUGUAAAGAGGAACAUAAGCUUCAUUUACAUACUCAAUUUAAUAACCUUCCCUGGAACGUUGUUUCGUCAACUAUAGCACCAAGUCCUCACCAACACCCUAUCUUCAGUCAAGCUUGGCCUCCAAUGUCUAUCCCUAAUACCAUGGUGCCACAACCAUUUUGUCCAAUUCUAUACCCACAUGAUCCUCCUGUCGGCCUCUACCAUAGUUUGCCAAUGCCACUACUACAACCAAAUCUAUGGAACACAUACCGUAGAAUUUAGUAGCUUAUAGGAAUUUGCAUUAUGCUUCCAAAAACGAAUUGUUGGAUUGAUAUUCUUCUUUUAUUAAGUCAA